GAUAGUGUGUCUGUGUAUGCACAGGUGUCGGCUGGCUGGCACUGACUUGCGUAGGUAUGAGGAGAAAUCCAGCACAGUCCUGAGAGAGGAGGGGAACUGCAGCACUUCUGUGGCGGACACUCUCCGAGGAAGGAAACUCUCACACGCACCCUCGCCAACACCUGUAAACAGAGACAGUGGAAGAGGAAACCUUUGGAACCACAAAAGGCUGUGGUGGAGGGAGAAAGACAGAAAGGAGAAUGCUUCACAAUGUGAAAUAGCCUGGAGGAGAUUCUUCGACUGCUGUUUGACCAAUGGGUCUGAGUUUCUAAUGUGGCAUUUUAGGCUCUGGGAUGUACAAGAUGUUGCUGUGUAUUUCAGCAUCGCAUUAUAUAUUUGUGACCUAGCUGGAGCCAUCUCCAUCCAUUCUCCUCAGAGGGGCCUCACCAGGUCAGUGCAGGAGGAUGUGUUUUUCUCAGUGGAUGUUACCUGCAAUGGGAUCCCCACCAUACAAUGGACCUUUAUGUCAGGAGCAGUGAGCCGCACCAUAGGGACGUGGCAGCCUGGGGUGUACACGAACAUAACGGUGGAUUACAGCAGCAGAGUGCAGCCAUACGAUAAUGGAUCCAUGGGCCUGUCAGACCUGCGGUUGCAGGAUGCUGGAUACUACGUGGUCACUGUUACAGAAACAGCAGGAAGCAGCAGGGAUGCUGGGUUCAUCCUGAAAGUGAACGAGGUGCUGUAUGAGGAUCUUCAGUACCUGUCCAUCGCUGCCUUAGCACUGGCCUGUUUGGCUGCCCUUCUCAUGCUCACUAUGUGGCUCCUAGACAAGGCCUACAAGAGGAUAGCGGCAUGGAGACGCAGGACACAAAUGCCAGAAAACGAUGCCACAGAGCUGCAGCCUCUUUGAUGGACGUUGAGCGGUGCUUCGUUCCUGCAUGAACUUGUCAGAGCUGCAACACAAAAAAAGGACCAUUUUCACAAUUUAGAUGUACAUAAAUUGAAAAUUAUAAAUAAUUUUUUUAGCAAGACGGGAAGAUGACUCGUCGGUUAUGAAAAAUUGUAUUAUGUUUACAUUUUGCAUUGAAUGCACAUGCAUUUACUGCUCACUGCUGAUGAUUGAAUGGAAAUAUAUCGCUCAUGUCAUUGGAAAAAAAAUACAGACUGUAUUUAUUGUCUAAGAAAAUUAGUUGUGUGAUUUUCUUUCACCUAUGGCUUCUUCACCACAAUCAUCCGAACUUGAAUCAGGCUUUGAAAAAACAUUGAAUUGUACAGCAGGUAGUGUGUAAUAAUUGUUGGGU